AUGAAGAACAAUUUUCAACAUUUGAAAGUAAAGCAAAGUCAAUGUGUGGUUCUCAGCAUUAUAAAAAAAGAUACUCAAAGAAAAAAGAAAUUGAAGUUACCUUAUGGUGAAAGUGAAAAAGAGCACACCGAGUUCAACAGACGUAAGUCAUUUAUAACAGAUAGUUAUUAUAGCGCGAUUGAUACGCUUAAAAGUCACCUAGCAAGAAGAAAAGAUGUUUAUGUGCAGCUGAGGAAUUCUUUCGGAUUUUUAUGGAACAUGAAUGAAGUGGAAAAAUUUGACUUGAAAGAAAAAGCAAACAACUUGCUAAACAUGUACCCUUCAGACUUGGACUUAACAUUUCCCGAAGAAUGUUUGUAUCUUCAAACAUUUUUACAAGAAAAUGAAACAUAUUAUGAAGAAACUAAAGUUCUAGGUGGAAAAAAGAAAAUGGGAUCUAAAGCCUCCAGACUUUUGAGCCAUUUAAAAUCCUUGAAGAUAGAGUCACUAUUUCCAAAUGUUGAAGUGGCUCUAAGAAUAUAUUUGAGUAUGGCCGUCACGAAUUGUAGCGGAGAAAGAUCUUUUUCUGCUCUAGGGCGGGUGAAAAACUUUUUAAGAUCCACUUUACGCCAGGAUAAAAUGAAGGCCCUUGCACUUUUGUUUAUUGAAAGUGAAUUCAUGAACAAUAUUUCUUUCGAUAAAAUAGUAGAGUCUUUCGCAGCGUUAAAAUCAAGGAAAAAACUUUUUAAAAUGAAUAAUAUUUAG